UAUGCCAUCCUAAGAGAGUAAUUCUCACCCACAAUAAAUCUAUCUUCGAUACCUUUGAUCUGUACCUCUUUGCUUUUGUGCGCUCUGAGCUCCAGCUGCAUCGCUCGAUUCGAAAUGGACUUUCUGAACAUUUCGAAUUUCUCGUGCUAGUUUAUGACGUUAGCUUUGAAUGGUCCGUUAGGACUCUAAAUCAUUUGCUGCAGAUGGAUAUUUCAAGAGCACCUGACGGGCGCAACAAACAGCCCUGGGUAUCAGUGUUCAAUCUUUGUAACGCAGUUGUUGGUGCUGGCGUGCUGUCAUUCCCGUUUGCUUUCAGGGAAGUUGGUAUAUAUGGAGGAAUUUUUUACACUGGGAUAAUUUGGCUGAUCGAAGUAGGAGCAUUAUGCAUCCUUAUUCGGGUGGCGGAGGCCAACCAGAGCAGAUCUUAUCAGGAACUAGUCACCUCAACUCUAGGACCCAGAAUGGCCGCUUUGACAUCUUUAACAAUACUGCUGUUCGUUCUCAGUGCAAUGAUUUCUUUCCUGAUUAUCACAGGUGAUGUAUUUCAGCCUAUCUUUGCUGAUAUUUUCGGGAACAACAGCGGACUGGCAGAUCGCAGGUUGGUGAUAGUAAUCUUUGCUGCAAUAGUUAUCUUACCACUAUCGCUUAAGCGAAGUUUGAGAGAGCUGAAGUGGACCAGUACUAUUUCGGUGAUAAUGCUCACAUAUUUGACUGUUGCCCUCAGCACGCUUGGAAUCGCCCAUCUGGUUGAUGAUGGGCUACCUCAAAAUAUUAGACAUUUCGCUGUCGGUCUUCCUGCUUUUAUUGCCAUUGACAUUGUGGUUUUCGCUUUCCAAUCGCACAUUCAGGUUAUUCCCAUAUUUGCUGAGCUCUCAGACCAUCCUUACCCCUUCAUACGGGAGGGGCGUAAACCGCUCGAAGAACGUUUGCUGCCUGUUCCAGAGGGACUUAACACUGGAAGACCGCUAUCAAGAGUGAGAUCAAUAAGACUCAGGCGGAUGGAUGGAAUCAUUUUCAUUUCCAUGACCAUUUGCUUCGUCGGCUACUGUUUGGUGGGAGAAUUUGGAUACAUACUAUUUCCAGAUGUUGAAAGUGACGUCUUGAAGAGCUUCGGGAGCGAUAACAAGUACAUGAACUUUGCACGCGUAGGCAUGGCUUUGGUGGCAAUAGCAUGUUAUCCACUGCAAUGUUAUCCUGCAAGAUCAAUAGUAGAGGAUGCUAUUAAGCAUUUACUUCAUCACCCAGCUUCACAGCACUUGCAUGUUUUUGUGACCCUUCUGCUCUUCACGUCAACACUUGUGACAGCCCUCCUGAUCACAGAUCUUGGAACAGUAUUUUCAAUCGUUGGAGCUACAGGAGGUGUUAUGGUGAUCUUCAUUAUUCCAGGGCUCCUGCUUGUCCAGCAAGGUCGUCAGCGGAGAUCUCUGGAUGAAGUGCUUUCUACGUUGAGAGAUAAGCUCGAGGAAUCACUGAAGUGGAUUAAGUUGAUUGCAGGGCCAUUGUUUGUUGGCAUGGGUGCUCUCAUUUUCGUCGCCACUGCAUACAUCAUAUCCAAAGGAUAUCAGACAAGUCCACAAGUCCACAUAAUAUGAGCAUAUCUUGUUCCGUCCCCCAAGUUGAUUAUGCUCCUACAAAAUACUAAUGCGGUCAUCGCACAAUUGGUUGUCAUGAGGAAAAUAAGGAAAGAAUUUGUGAAAGCAAUUUUACUUUGAACGGAGCAAAAGCAUUUUAAAAAGCAGUGUUAGAGCGUCUAGGCUUGGGUUACAUUAUGCAGCAUUUAGUUCAUGUAAUUCUAAGCUUGUUUUCAGUAAGCUUUUGCAGUUAAGGUUGUUGCACCUCAUCCAAUUGUACAGACUUCACAUAAAACAAGUUCAUAAGUGUUUGUUCUA